AUGGAGGCUGGGGCAGGUUUCCAGUCUGUGGCUCUGAGCGGCAGCGCUGGAGCCUCAGGAGGAGCGGGCGCGGAGGCUGCCCUAGGCCCAGGUGGGACUCCAGGGCCUCCGGUACGAAUGGGCCCGGCACUGGGUCAAGGGCUGUACCGCUCCCCGAUGCCCGGAGCGGCCUAUCCGAGACCAGGUAUGCUACCAGGCAGCCAAACGACACCUCAGGGACCUUCCAUGGGACCCCCUGGCUAUGAUGGGAGCCUUUCAGUCCGACCUGGCCUGGCCCAGUCAGGGAUGGACCAGUCCCGCAGGAGACCCGUUCCUCAGCAGAUCCAGCAGGUCCAGGAGAAGGCGGUCCAGAAUCGGAACCACAGUGCAAAGAAAAAGAAGAUGGCUGACAAAAUUCUACCUCAAAGUAUUCGUGAACUGGUACCAGAAUCCCAGGCCUAUAUGGAUCUCUUGGCUUUUGAAAGGAAACUGGACCAGACUAUCAUGAGGAAAUGGCUAGAUAUCCAGGAGGCCUUGAAACAUCCCAUCAGGUCAGCCUUGUACAAAUAUGAUGCCACCAAACAAAAGAGGAAGUUCUCUUUUUUUAAGUCCUUGGUGCUCGAACUGGACAAGGACCUGUAUGGGCCAGACAACCAUCUGAUAGAAUGGUACAGGACCACCACUACCCAGGAGACAGAUGGCUUCGAAGUGAAGUGGCCAGGAGAUGUGAAUGUACGGUGUACUGUCCUGCUGAUGCUGGAUUUCUAGCCUCCUCAGUUUAAAUUAGACCCUCCUCUGGCUCGGCUGCUGGGCAGGGUAUAUGCCCAGUAG